GAGAGCCGGCCGCGGGGAGAGGAGAGCGGGCCGCGGGCCGCGGGGAGAGGGCGUCCCAUUUGUCCUGAAAAGCCAGGGCGUGUGGAUUCGGACCCCGAGGGAAGCCCCGGAGCUCGGCGGGGUGCGGAAGUGUCCAGGCCCCGUCCCCCGGGGUUAGGAGCUUGGGCGAGCCAGCUUCACCCUUCCGAAGUCCGCUUCAGGUGUCCGGGCUCAGCCUCAGUCACCAUGUUCUGCCAAACCACUCCUCUGGGCUCCAGCUGCCUGGAUAUGUGGAGGGAAAAGAACGACCGGCUCGUUCGACAGGCCAAGGUGGCUCAGAACUCCAGUCUGACUCUGAGGCGACAGCAGUUGGCUCAAGAUGCACUGGAAGGGCUCGGAGGGCUCCUCCAUAGUCUGCAAGGGCUCCCUGCAGCUGUUCCUGUUCUCCACUUGGAGCUGACUGUCACCUGCAACUUCAUUAUCCUGAGGGCAAGCUUGGCCCAGGGUUUUACAGAGGAUCAGGCCCAGGUUAUCCAACGGGGCCUAGAGAGAGUGCUGGAGACACAGGAGCAGCUGGGGCCCAGGUUGGAACAGGGGCUCAAGGAGCUGUGGGACUCUGUUCUUCAUACUUCCUCCCUUCUGCCGGAGCUGCUGCCUGCCCUGCACCGCCUGGCUGGCCUGCAGGCUGCCCUCUGGUUGAGCACUGACCGUCUUGGGGACCUGGCCUUGUUGCUGGAGACCCUGAAUGGCAGCCAGAGUGGAGCCUCUGAGGAUCUGCUGUUACUUCUGAAAACUUGGAGUCUCCCAGCUGAGGAAUUAGAUGCUCCAUUGACCCUGCAGGAUGCCCAGGGAUUGAAGGAUGUCCUCCUGACAGCAUUUGCCUACCGCCAAGGUCUCCAGGAGCUGAUCACAGGGAACCUGGACAGGGCCCUAAGCAGCCUUCAUGAAGUGGCCUCAGGUCUGUGUCCACGGCCUUUGUUGGUCCAGGUGUACACAGCACUGGGGUCCUGUCACCGUAAAAUGGGAAAUCCACAGAGAGCGCUGUUGUACUUGGUUGCAGCUUUGAAAGAGGGAUCAGCCUGGGGUCCCCCACUUCUGGAGGCCUCUAGGCUCUAUCAGCAACUGGGGGACACAACAGCAGAGCUGGAGAGUCUGGAGCUGCUAGUUGAGGCCUUGAAUGUCCCCUGCAAUUCCAAAGCCCCACAGUUUCUCAUUGAGGUAGAAUUACUACUGCCACCACCUGACCCAGCCUCACCCCUUCACUGUGGCACUCAGAGCCAGGCCAAGCACGUACUAGCAAGCAGGUGCCUACAGACAGGGAGGGUAGAAGACGCUGCAGAGCAUUACUUGGACCUGCUGGCCCUGUUGCUGGAUAGCUCGGAGCCAAGGUUCUCCCUGCCCCGCUCCCACCCAGGGCCCUGUAUGCCUGAGUUGUUUUUGGAGGCAGCAGUAGCACUGAUCCAGGCAGGCCGAGCCCAAGAUGCCUUGACUCUAUGUGAGGAGUUGCUUAGCCACACAUCAUCUCUGCUACCCAAGAUGUUCCGGCUAUGGGAAGAUGCCAGAAAAGGAACUAAGGAACUGCCAUACUGCCCACUCUGGGUCUCUGCCACCCACCUUCUUCAGGGCCAGGCCUGGGUACAACUGGGUGCCCAAAAAAUGGCAGUCAGUGAAUUUAGCCGGUGCCUUGAGCUGCUCUUUCGGGCCAUACCUGAGGACAAAGUACAAGGGGCAGCUUCCAACUGUGAACAGGAAUGUAAGUCAGAUAUGGCACUGCAGCAGCUUCGGGCAGCCGCCCUAAUUAGUCGUGGACUGGAAUGGGUAGCCAGUGGCCAGGAUACCAAAGCCUUACAGGACUUCCUCCUUGCUGUGCAGAUGUGCCCAGGUAAUCGAGACACUUACUUUCACCUGCUUCAGACUCUGAGGAGGCUGGAUCGGAGGGAUGAGGCCACUGCACUCUGGCGGAGGCUGGAGGCCCAAACUAAGGGGCCACAGGAAGGUGCUAUAUGGUCUCUCCCCCUGUACCUAGAAAGCUAUUUGAGCUGGAUCCGUCCAUCUGAUCGUGAAGCCCUCCUUGAAGAGUUUCAGACAUCACUGCUGGAGUCUUGUGACCUGUAGCUGCCACGUUUCCAAGAGCUUGAACUGGGGCCCCCGUGGGCUGCCUCUGUGUGGGGAGGGCUUUCUGUUGCGCCAUCAUUAGGAAUCCUGGACUGGUGAGGUUGGCGGUGGGCCUGUGACAUUUGCCCUACUUAUAACCAUUCUGGUUUUGGAGGAAAUGAUCUCUGCCACCACCAAGUUACUGACUUUGCUCGAGGCACCUUUUUUUCCUGUUUCCCCUUUUCUUUUGUCAAGUAAAAUUUCAUAUUUA